ACUCUAUUUGCAUGUGCAUUCUUAAGUGAUGAAACAUCAGAGUCAUUUCGAUGGCUUUUGUAGCAGUUGUUGAUAGCAAUGCCAAUAGGUCCACCUAAAAUGAUUAUAACUGAUCAAGAUCCUGCAAUGAGUAAAGCUAUAGCUGAAAUCCUGCCAAACACGUUGCAUAGAUUUUGUAUGUGGCAUAUUUUGAGUAAGUUUUCAGAAAAACUAGAUGCAGUAAAGUGGAAGGAGCAUUAUCAACAUUUUCAUAGCUACAUAUGGAAUUCAGCUAGUCGAGAAGAGUUUGAUGUUCAAUGGGCAGAGGUUAUCGAGUCAAGUGGGUUGAAUACAAAUGAAUGGUUGAAAGCGUUAUACGAUAUUCGUUCAAAGUGGAUUCCUGCGUAUGUUAAUGAUACAUUCUCUACAGGGAUGUCAAGUAGUCAACGAGCAGAAAGUUGUCAUGCAUUUUUCAAGUCUUAUGUUUCAAAAAAAAAUACAUUGACAGAUUUUGUGGUGAGGUUUAGUAGAGCUCUAAAACGCCAAAGACACCAAGAAUUAUGUCUUGAUCACAAGGACAUUAACGAACAACCUGUCAUGAAAACCAUGUUUGGUGUUGAGAAGUCUUUGGCUGAGUUGUUCACACACACACCAUGUUUUACAAAGUUCAAGAGGAGUUCUUUCAGGAAGCUACUUCUACAUCAACCAUUGCCUGAUAUUUAUGUACUGCGAAGAUGGACAAAAGUUGCAAAAUCGUUGACUGUAGGAGGUGUUGAUGGGCAGGAUAAUUGUGAUAGAAAGGUAGGACGCAGUAGCUUCAUGGCCUAUGCUGCUCAAUUUUUUUAA